GUAACACUGGAUGAUGACUAUUACGACAGUCCAGAUCCUAACAUACGAUGGGAUGAUUAUUCUGAGUGUUGGGAAGUUUAUUGGUAUGAACAUGAGAAACUCAAUGCUAAGCCUUUCCCGGUAAAGAAGUUUGGUAUCAAAUGGUCAAAGGAGGAAGCCAAGAAGUUCUAUGAAGAGUUGAAGGGUAGUGGUAGAGUCCAUGCUCGUCCCUCUCAUAAGAGUAGUAAUGAUUCUAUUAUGUGGGAUGAGAGGAUGCAGGGAUGGGCAGUAAGUUAUUGGCAGAAUGGAAG